AAAUGUAUUAUAACAGCAUCUUUAUUGUUCAUUUCAUGUUUCAGUGGUGUAGAGGCUAAACAGCCGAAUUCUGCCAUUAGGAAGUGUGUUCGAGUUCAGCUUAUCAAGAAUGGCAAGAAGAUUACAGCUUUUGUUCCCAAUGAUGGCUGUUUGAAUUUUAUUGAGGAGAAUGAUGAAGUCCUGGUUGCUGGCUUCGGUCGGAAGGGUCAUGCUGUUGGAGACAUUCCUGGAGUUCGCUUCAAAGUUGUCAAAGUAGCCAAUGUUUCUCUACUAGCCUUGUACAAAGGCAAGAAGGAGAGACCCAGAUCAUAAUUCCUGUGUUGCUGUGAAUGGAUCUAAUAAACAUUUUUACUUUAAUAAGGUUUCCCUGAUGAGUCUUUCAUAAAAUGGCCCAGAAUGUGUGUCUAUAAAUUUUUCAUGAUGCUUUUGACUCAAUUCUUACAUAAUAUCCCAGAAUUACUUUGCUUGUAAGAAGAUUCUGCUGAGUUUAAGAGAUUUUCAUUAGUUUGCAUCAAUCUGAGUACAACUUCUGUUGUAAAGCGGUCUAUUUUAAAUCAAGAAAAUGAAAAUUCUAAAGUUUAUUUUGUAAUACUAAAGACUGCUAGGCAAACUAUAUUUUCUUUGAUGUAGUAAUGUAACAAGGGACAAGCAAAGGUAAACAGAAUAAACUAUUUAAGUAAAUAAAACGUCUAUUUUAAACUUUCCAUAGCAGAUUCUGGUGCUUCUGGAGCCCAUUUGCAAAAAAUGUGAGCAAAAAAAUGAAUUUAAAAUAUUAGGCAAAAGACUAAUUAUUAGUCUAAUAACUAUUUGAAUUAAUUAUUCAAAAUUAGAAUUUAAAGGAAAAUUGGCAGCCUAUGACCAGUAAGUGCCAUUCAAACUUCAAAAUGGUCAUAGUUGAAGAUUGCCUUGCCUUAAUUUUUUUGUUAUUUUAGAUUUUUUUAAAUCCCAUGUCUAUUAUUUUUAUAUUGCAAGGUGGCAAAUAUAUCUGAUACUCCUUCCUCCUAUUUUCUCCACUCAACAAUUCUGUAAGAUGUUGGGGUAAGAGAGAUUGACUGGCCAAGCCUGUAACCAAGCUAUUUUGUCAUAUAUCUAUACUGUAAGUUCCUCUCUUGUA